AAGUUCAGGAGGUUUUGACGUUUAGCAAUUGUGCUCUCAUUUUCAGUGAGAGAUGAUUUGGGCAUCUCUUUAUCUCUGGUUGGCAUCACUGUUAGUUUGUAAGCUAUUGUUUAUUGUAAAGUUUUCGUAUCAAAUAUUUGCAAAUUUCAAAACUAUUUUAUUGCCUGUUUAAAUUUAAUAUUCUCAAUGACUACGAAGCUGAAAAAAUGCCCAUAUGGCGAGCAGUGCUACAGGAAGAAUCCCAUACAUUUUGGCGAAUUUUCACAUCCUCAUUUGGACGAGAUUUACGCAAAAGGAUUGGACCCUAAUACGAAUAAGUAUGUAAUUCCUGAUGAACUUUUUAUGAGCGCCGAAUUAAUAGAAACUCAAUUGAAACUGCUCGAAAAGUUGUUUCCAAAGGCAGGUUCUAGUAGUUCGGAAAGUAGCAAAACUACGUCAAAAACAGAAGAAAGUGAUAUGAACAGCAGUGGUCAACGAUUAGAUACCGGUACAACAAAACAUGAAUCUAUUAAACGAAGUAAGUCGCCCGCUGCUGACAGUUCUAAUAUUAACGCCGCAUCCACUGUCAACGUAAACUCCUCUUCUAUGGAUAAUUCCGAACUAUCUAAAAAGGUCAAAAUAACCAAAAACGUCAAGGACUACAUACCAGUAGUUUUGGAAAAGGGCCAUGCCGCCGAAAAACUUGAGCGCGCUGCACCUUACAAUUUUUUUCUUACUGCUAUUACGGAUUCCAAACUCACUCAUCAUGAGCCAUUAACAAUAACUUUACUAGAAAUCCUUGAUGAGAGCCUGGGUGAGAUUGAAUCAUCCGUGCAAAUUAAUUUUAUGGUGGAUAUCGGCUGGUUACUUGGGCACUAUUAUUUCGCUGGUAUAAUGGGCACUCCGUUACUUGUUCUUUAUGGCGAUGAAACACCGGAGUUGGCCAAUAUAUCUAAAACACAUCCGGAAGUCACGGCAGUUAAAAUUAACAUGCCUACAGCAUUCGCUACAUCUCACGCCAAAGUAAUGCUUCUAGGCUAUACGGAUGGUAGUAUGCGUGUGGUAAUUUCAACUGCAAAUUUAUAUGAAGACGAUUGGCACAAUCGCACCCAAGGUCUUUGGAUAAGUCCGAAACUACCUCCGUUAGCUUCUGAUGCAGACACCACGGCCGGGGAGAGUCCCACAAACUUCCGACAGGACUUUAUGUUGUAUUUAGUAGAAUAUAAAUUAGCAAAGUUGCAGCCUUGGAUAGCACGAAUACGCAAAACGGAUUUUAGUUCCAUAAAUGUUUUUUUCAUCGGUUCCACUCCUGGUGGCUUUCGCGAAGGUCCACGUGGUUAUCCUUGGGGACAUCCACGUGUCGCAGAGUUGCUUAAAAAGCAUUGCACUACUGUUGAUGCCAGAACGCCCGUAAUUUGUCAAAGCUCUAGCAUUGGAUCUCUUGGUCCAAACAUACAAACAUGGAUACAACAUGAUUUUCUUAACAGCCUGCGAAAACAUUCCGGACCACAAGGGGUUACACAAUUUCCAAUUUUCAAAAUGAUAUAUCCCAGCUUCGCUAACGUUAACAACAGUCAUGAUGGGUUACUAGGUGGUGGUUGUUUACCAUACGGCGCAAAUACUAACGCUAAACAGUCUUGGCUGCGUGGGCAUCUAUUCCAAUGGAGUUCGAAACAGCGUUUUCGUUCGCAAGCUAUGCCGCACAUCAAAACUUAUACACGCAUGAAAUUGGAGGACCAGUCUAUCUACUGGUUUAUGUUAACCUCCGCAAACUUAUCUAAGGCAGCAUGGGGAGCUUUCAAUAAAAAGGUUAAUAUAGCAUCGAGCUUAAGAAUUUUGAACUUUGAAGCUGGUGUGCUCUUCUUACCGAGAUUUGUGACCGGAGAGGAGACGUUUCCGUUAGGACAUGUGCGUGAUGGUAUACCGCCAUUCCCACUACCUUAUGAUGUGCCCUUAGCACCGUAUGCACCGGACGAUAAACCAUUUUUGAUGGACUAUUUGCGUUAGUGAUAUAUGUAUCUGUUAUUUGUUACUCGGAAUCUGAAAUCGUCGUGUUUACCAUUUACACCAUGGUUUCCAAUAACUUUUUUAAUUAUAAACAAACACAUGUUAAUUAUACAAAGACUAUAUACUUCACAGUUCGUUAAUCGCUGCUCUAUGUCAAGAAAAUAAAUUUAUCUAAAUUUCUCCACUACAUAACCUAAGUUUAAUAUCACUCUUAUUUUGUAAUUGAAAAAAACCAGUUGUUACACUAAGCACUUGCAUUUAUUAUAGAAAACAACAAUAAUAAAAUGAGCUGCAAUUAAGAAAAGCCAAUUAAACAAUUAAA